CUCCGGGUCCCUGGGGUCCUUUCAGUGGUAUUCGGUGGGAACGUCAUCGCAGAUCCUGACCCGCUCUGACUCCCUGCCGGAGAGGCCCUGCAGCCGCGGGCUCUGGACCCGCGCCAGGGAGGCGUCGCCGGCUGUGUCGGAGCCGCUUCCUGGGUGCCGCGGGCUGCGGAGGAACGCAAGGCGCGGGGACAGCGCACCUGGGGUGGCCCCGGCGCGGGCGGCGACAUGGAGGAAGGCGUGCUCAAGGAGGGCUUCCUCGUCAAGAGGGGCCACCUUGUCCACAACUGGAAGGUCCGAUGGUUCGUCCUUCGACAGAACACGCUGCUGUACUACAAGCUUCAGGGGGGUCAGAAGGUGACCCCUCCCAAGGGCCAGAUCCUCUUGGAUGGCUGCACCAUCACCUGCCCCUGCCUGGAGUAUGAAAACCGCCCUCUCCUCAUUAAGCUGAAGACACGAACAUCUACAGAGUACUUCCUGGAGGCCUGCUCUCGAGAGGAGAGGGACACCUGGGCCUUUGAGAUCACUGGGGCUAUUCACGCAGGGCAGCCGGGGAAGGUCCAGCAACUGCACGUUCUGAAAAAUUCCUUCAAGCUGCCCCCUCACAUCAGCCUGCAUCGCAUCGUGGACAAGAUGCACGACAGCAGCAGUGGCAUCCGUUCCAGCCCCAACAUGGAGCAGGGCAGCACCUACAAGAAGACCUUCCUAGGCUCCUCCCUGGUGGACUGGCUCAUCUCCAACAGCUUUGCGGCCAACCGUCUGGAGGCAGUGACCUUGGCUUCCAUGCUCAUGGAGGAGAACUUCCUCAGGCCCGUGGGGGCCCGAAGCAUGGGAGCCAUUCGAUCUGGGGAUCUGGCUGAGCAGUUCCUGGAUGAUUCCACGGCCCUGUACACUUUUGCCGAGAGCAACAAGAAGAAGAUAAGCCCCAAAGAAGAAAUCAGUUUCAGCUCUGUGGAGUUCAGCGGCAUGGUGGUGAAACAAGGCUACCUGGCCAAGCAGGGGCACAAGAGGAAAAACUGGAAGGUGCGACGCUUUGUUCUGAGAAAGGACCCGGCCUACCUACAUUACUAUGACCCUUCCAAGGAUGACAACAGACCAGUGGGUGGGUUUUCUCUUCGUGGCUCACUGGUGUCUGCUCUGGAGGAUAAUGGUGUUCCCACUGGGGUUAAAGGGAAUGUCCAGGGAAAUCUCUUCAAAGUGAUUACCAAGGAUGACACACACUAUUACAUCCAGGCCAGCAGCAAGGCUGAGCGAGCAGAGUGGAUUGAAGCUAUCAAAAAGCUAACAUGACGAGGACCUGAGGGAACAGGACCAGAAUUCCUCCCUCCUAUCAGAUGAUAAGGCAGCACUUCCUGGAGAACGGAAGUGUUAACGAAAACUUUUGACUUCUUUGU